CUGGCUGUAGUGUUGGACGGGGGAGGCGCUUCUGUGCUCUUUAAGCUUAUGUUUUCCCAAUAGAAAAUUUCCUGUUGUCAUACGCACCAUAGAUACGCGCGCGCGCUCAUCUCCAUCACGGGGAAGUGCGUGGAGUUGUCAAAUUUUACUGAAUAUUUCCGAAAUAUCUGAUUGUUUACGUGGUAGAGACAGCCUACAUUCUGCCAUCAAGUGAAUGUGUAACCAGUGUAUAAUUUCAGAGGACAAUGUUUUGUGUGUGAGGUGCACCCAACGGUCUGUAUGAUCUCAUCAUUCACUUUGAGAUGACCACGGGGAACUGAAAGACAUCCUGGCGCCCCCUCAAGGUUUCUAUUUCUCUGUCUCCUUUCUCCGCUCCUCUAUGGGUUCCCGAAGUCAGGGGUUCUUCCACCACCACCAUCACCGCAGUUCAGUGAUGCCCACUUCUGUCCCCCGACUGGUGCCCGAGACCAGCAGCCUGUUGGGGGGCAUCGCCCAGAUCACUCCUUCCCUGUUCCUUGCUCGGGGGAAUGUAGCAUCCAACCGCAGCCUCCUCCUGUCCAAAGGGAUUACAUGUGUGGUGAACGCCACCAUCGAGCUGCCCAACUUCAACUGGCCGCACAUGGAGUAUGUGAAAGUGCCACUGGCCGACAUGCCGCAUUCGCCGAUCUCGCUUUAUUUUGACAGUGUGGCUGAUAAGAUCCACAGUGUGGGCCGCAAACGGGGAGCCGUCCUGGUGCACUGCGCGGCUGGGGUGAGCCGCUCCGCCUCCCUCUGUUUGGCGUACCUCAUGAAGUACCACAGAGUUUCCCUGGCCGAAGCUCACGCCUGGGUCAAGGCCCGCCGACCCGUCAUUCGUCCUAAUGGAGGGUUCUGGCGACAACUCAUUGAGUACGAGAGGAAACUGUUUGGAAGGAACUCUGUGAAAAUGAUCCAGACACCAUACGGUGUCAUUCCUGACGUGUAUGAGAGGGACCGCAGGAACUUGGUACCUUUCUGGGGCUUGUGAAGAGGGGUUUGGACUUUGGUUCAAGCGUAGAGGACAGGUCCGAUAACCCAUCUUUGACUCCAUUGUCUUCCGGGCUCUUUCCGUACGUCCCAUGUCCCUUCUGUCUGAGUAUAAAGCGAGACGGUAGUGCUUAUGUCCAUUUUCAAGAGUAAGAAGUCACUUUGACUCCAUAUUUUAUGAGGACAGGAAUGAUAAAUCAUGCUUGAAUGCUGAAAUGAAUCUUGGCGAUGAUAAUGGUUUUUGGAGCACUUUGGGAACCAAGUGUAGUGCUAAGAAUCAGAAAUUCAAGACUUACAAAACUUAAUGUUCUGACGUUGUUUCGCUUUUGGCUGUUGUCUUUGUUGAGGCAGCAGUCUGAUCUUGAUAACUGGUAGCAUUUGCAAAUAAUAUAUAUAUAUAUAUAUAUAAAUAUAUUAUAUCCCAAGGUGUAUUUAAACGUGUGCAGGGAAAAAAGUAAACAAAAAAAAAUAAAGUUUAAAAGUUAAAAAGUUAAAGAUAAUUUUUGAAAGGUUUUGUGAAAAGUUAGAAAGAACACCUUUGUAAACUAUUUGUGUAUAUUAAAGGAAAAUUUAAUGAACAUACCAUAAACCAGUUGUUGGGAUUUGUAACAUCAUUUGCAAAAGUUGCAUUUUGAAAGUAAUAUUUUCAAUGAAUUAUAUUUGGUCUUUUUGCAAUUCUACUCAGUUUUUAAUUUUUAACUCAAGAUGUUUCUUUCAAAUGUUUUCUGAGGACAUCAGUCACAGAACUCCUAGCAAAGAUUUUACUAAUUCAUGUAAAAAAAACAGAAUUCAUGUAAAAGAGUUCAGAUUUAAUUAGUGUGAUAAAAAUAAAUAAAGGGUGUAACAUUU